AUGGCUGGAGGGUUGCUAGUUGCCAGAGAUACAAGAGACAGAGAUGCUCUGCCAGCUGAGAGAAAUGGGUAUAUACGGGUGGAUUGCUAUGGUGGGCUUAAUCAGAUGAGAAGGGAUUUGUGCGAUGGUGUUGGAAUUGCUCGCUUGCUGAAUGCAACUCUUGUUUUACCCAAAUUUGAAGUCGCUGCCUACUGGAAUGAAUCAAGUGGUUUUGCAGAUGUAUUUGAUGUUGACUACUUCAUCGAACAGAUGAAUGGAUUUGUUGAAGUUUUGAAAGAGUUGCCAGCUGAGAUUGCAUCAAAAGAACCAGUUCAUGUAGAUUGCAGCAAACGUAAAGGCCAAUUUGAUUACGUUGAAAGCAUUCUUCCUUCCCUACUGGAGCAUCAUUAUAUCUCAAUCACACCAGCAAUGAGUCAAAGAAGGGACAGGUAUCCACUCUACGCAAAGGCUGCUCUUUGUCAAGCUUGUUAUAGUGCACUCCGCCUUACCAGAGCAUUGGAGAAGAAAGGCUCAGAGCUUCUACAAGCCAUACCAAAACCCUUUCUCUCACUUCACCUUCGGUUUGAACCUGACAUGGUAGCUUACAGUCAAUGUGAGUAUUUUGGUUUAUCUCUGGCUUCCAUGGAAGCUAUAAAGGCUGCACGGGGCGAUCGAAAACCCUGGACUGGAGAAGCAGCACGUAUUUGGAGAAAUCGUGGGAAAUGUCCCCUUACUCCUAACGAGACAGCUUUCAUCCUUCAAUCUCUUUCAAUUCCAGCAAACACAAGUAUUUAUCUGGCAGCUGGUGAUGGUCUGAUGGAACUUCAAGGAUUAACCUCUAGCUAUACAAACGUUGUUACUAAAUCUACACUUCUUAGUAAUGAGGAUUACACCAGCAUGCAUGGGAACACUAAAGCUGCACUGGAUUAUUAUGUCGCUAUCAACAGUGAUUCUUACAUGGCUACAUAUUUCGGGAAUAUGGAUAAAAUGGUAGCAGCAAUGCGGGCUUUUAAGGGGAUGUACAAAACACUUUUCUUGAGCAGGAGAGCUUUUGCAGAGUUCACUUCCAAGGGGCUCAAAGGAAAGGAGUUGAUGGAAGCGCUGUGGAAAGUUCAUAAUGAUGAUUUUGUAAUGGGGAGAGGGUCUGCUUUACCUGACUGCUUUUGCGAUUUCAAAUUGUGAUAUUAAGCUUUAGUUAUUUCACUGCUUCACCUUAGAUAUAGAUUUAAGCAUCUUGUAUUGGUGAAUCUUGAAAAGCAUGUGUCUUGUGAUCGUUACCUGGAAUUACCUAGGAGACAUGUUUUUCAUCCUAGCAAUUCUUGAGGGUUCCAUAUCUCAUUUUACUUCGCAUUGUAU